AUGGCCGGAGGAACUCGCUACGACCGUGAUCGGGGUAGAGAUCGUGAACGAGAGAGUGGCUCUUCUCGGCGUAUACGCGAAGAGAACAGUCCUGCUAGUGGUGAGGUUGGCAGGGAAUUUGCCAACCGCUAUGGGGGUCUUUUCUCUGAAAAAGACUGGAAGUGUUCCAUCUGCUCAAAUAUUAACUGGGCUCGCCGAAAUGAAUGUAAUCAAUGCAAAACGCCCAAGCCUGGUCUUGAAACUACUUUAGGUUCUCGUGAAGGACGCGGUGGCGGUUUUUUAGAACGAGAUGAAGUAGUAGAGUAUCGUCAAUCCCGUGAUGCUGAAAAAGAUGAUGAAUGGGAUGAAUUUGGUCGAAAAAAGAAAAAGAAGCGUCAAAAUGACGGAGGAAACGUCCACAACAAUCUAAAUAAUAACAACAAUAAUUGGAGUAGUAAUAGUAGCACUAUCAGUAAAAAUGGUGAACUAUCUGGCUUUAUUUAA